AUGUCGGCACUGCAGCUAUCGCGCCACCUCCCCUUGCGCAAUAUGCGCCACUCACAACCCUCUCUCCUCGCCCACUCACUCCUAGCAUCUCGCCCCGCCAGCAGCAGCUCUAAACCAGCACCCAAAGGUCGACUACUCGAGAAGCCUACGCGCUUCAACCCACCAUCCCAUCCCGCUCGCCUACCUCGCCGCAACAGACAACCCGCCUUCCAAGUCCCUCUGAGCGCCAAAGAAAAGGAACAACAAAAGAGGAAGCAAUACCCGCACAUGAUGCCACCCGAAGGCACCUUUUUCCACUGGUUCCUGACAAACCGCACCAUCCACGUGUGGAUCACCAUGUCCAUCCUCAUCUCCCUCGCCUUCUUCACCUGGCUAAACAACUUUUUGACAAACACGCCCUACCUCGACCAACUACCNCCCAACAACAUGUUCUUCUCUCACCCCAUUGCUUUCCUGUCCCGUUAUGCCGAAGUCUACAAUCUGCACUCGCAAUACAUUUCCAUCCAGACUGCCGAGUACCGCAAAAACAAGGUCGAUGAUGUGAGGAAGAGGGCAGAGUUUAGAAAGGCGCAUGGUUUGAAUGAGGCUGAGGGUGUGUUUGGUGGUUGGAGUGCUAGGGAUGAUGCGACGGAGAAGAAGGAGGGGGAGGUGUUGGGGACGGUGGGUAAUGAGAUGCCGGUGAGCAAAGAGGUGGAGAAGGAGAGGGAGGUUUUGGGGGCCAUGGUUGACAAGGAGGGUGCUGAGGAGGUGUAUACUGAUUUCGAGGGCAGGAGGAAGCCAAUCAAGAAGUGGUUGGGCAUCUGGUAA